GUUUGUUUCAUUUCGUUGCAAGAGCAGAACAGCAUGGCACGGGCACAGGCACCGUACAGAUGUGUCGAAUGCAACUCCGAGGCAUACGAGCUUCACCGUGAUUACAGCAACGGGAUACUGAAAAUCACCAUAUGUGACUCAUGCCAGAAGCCCGUGGACAAGUAUAUUGAAUAUGAUCCAGUGAUCAUUCUGAUUGAUGCUAUAUUGUGCAAAAUCCAAGCUUUCAGGCACAUCAUAUUCAACACAAAAAUAAACAUACAUGGGAAGCUGUGUGUGUUCUGUCUGCUGUGUGAGGCUUACCUGAGGUGGUCACAGCUGCAGGGAUCUGAACAGAGCACUGACCCAGCGGACAUAAUCAGAUACACCAAAGAAUGGGAUUUCUAUGGAAUGUUUGGUCUGGCAGCUCUGGAGUUGGGCGUUUACUUGGGUGGAGUUCUGGCCUUCCUGUGGUUGGUGCGGGGGUUUCUGCAGUCCGGCCUGGAGCUGCCCAUGCUGCUGAAGGCCCUGCUGCUGUCCAGCUAUGGCAAACUGCUGCUUAUCCCAGCGGUCAUAUGGGAGCACGACUACUCCCCCCUCUGCUUCAGUCUCAUCAAACUCUUUGUGCUCACCUCCAACUCGCAGGCCAUUCGAGUCAUUUUGCACUGUAGCAGAAGGCUGUCCCUCCUGGCAGUGUUUGUGGGGUUCCUGUUUGAAACCUGUGCAGCAGUCGCCUGCCAGAGGCUGCAGUCAAGCAUGCCGGACUUUCUGCUGUUCCAGUGACCCGGCUCUGACCCACGUCGAGCGCAAAGCGCGGAAAAGAUGUGACCUCUCCCCGAGGCUGGAGCCGAAGCCAGGGAAUUAUGGGUCUCGGCGUUAAGACGGUGCUGUGUGGAGCAUUUCCCCUGGAACCAAACGGAGACAUUUAGGCCUUUGCAGUGGCCUCCCAGUGUUUAUAUUGGAGUCGGUGACCAGACUGAGAAUUCCUGAAGCGCAUUGUGAAAUGCCUGUCAUCUGAGACACUGUUUUAGGCACUAAGGAAACGUUGUCCAGGAUAUGAGCACUGCUUACAGAUGCCAUGUAUCUAGGAGCAGAUAUUUACUUAAAAAAUAAACUCCUUUUUUUUUUUUUUUUUUUUAAUCUUUUAAUGAACUUACAGAAAUUAAACGUUAAGAACUAAUUAAAAAAUAGUUAACAUCACAUGCAUUCAUACUAAUGUGGGGGAAAAUUGCCAGUUAGUUUAAAUACUGCAACAGCAAUUGAGAGAAUUACAGGAUCAAAAGUGGUAUUUUGUGUUUAUGUUUACAGCCUUCUUUCUUUGGGGCAGACAGUUCUGUAUAUUCUGAGUAAUGGCUAUGGGAGUUUACUCAAUAAUUAACUCAAGAAGUUCUGGAAUUGCAGAUAUUUGGAAUGUACCACAGACCUCCCACCCCCCACCCCCUGCGGCUUAAAAGUCCAUGGGGUACCGUAUGUCUUCAGGCAACACUGAAGACUGGUGUUAAUCUUCCUCAGGAUGCAAGGAAUCCAUGCUUCAAUAAAUAAUAGAAAAAGUCCACAAAAAAUGGCGUGUAUUAAAUGAAUGUUAAGCAACAGGCCCAUAAAAUCCUUUUGACAGAAAAUAUUUAAGGCCAGUUGGGUGUUGAAAUAAUAUCUCUAGAGUUUGGCCACAAGAGCGCUGCAGUCGAACAAGAUCUGUUAAUGAUUUUACCAGCUAUGUCAUAUGCAAUGCAUCUUCCCCUCUCUUUUCCAUAAUAAACUUUAUUUUUGUCUCAA